AUGGGACGCAUCUUGAAACCCGGCCGUGUCGUCAUCUUGCUCGGUGGACGUUUUGCUGGCAGAAAGGCCGUCGUUGUGAAGUCUUACGAAGAAGGAAGCAACGAUCGUCCAUAUGGUCAUGCUUUAGUUGCUGGAAUCGACAAGUACCCACGGAAGGUUACCAAGUCCAUGGGAAAAAAGAAGGUCGCCAAGCGUAGCACUGUUCGUCCGUUCGUCAAAGUGCAAAGUUUCUCCCAUCUCCUUCCUACGAGGUAGGAACUUCGCUAAUUGCAAAUUUAUGUCUAGGUUGUCCGUUGAUAUCGAGUUGAACAAGGAUUUGGUCAACAAGGAAUCGUUGAAGAACCCAACCAAAAAGAGGCAGGCCGUUGUCUCAACUAAGAAGGAGUUGGAGGCACGUUACAAGACCGGAAAGAACAAGUGGCUCUUCACCAAACUUCGUUUUUAA